AGUAGGGACAGCACCGCGAAAAAAGCCUAAGUUGAUUUUGGUUUCGGCCCAUGCGAUGUCCAGUUAGACGGUGUGAUGCAGAAGUAAGCAGGAAACAUGCCUUUAAGUUUCAUGUUCCGGGGAUAUUUAGCCCUAUAUUGUCCGGGGAUUCUGUUUCACAAAGAAGAUUGAGUGCUCUUAAGCUGUGUACUAGAUGGCUUCUGGGAGUUCACAAGGGUCUUGAGGACCUUGUGAAGCUACUCGAGUCCUUGUCUCCUGUGACCAGGAAAGAGGAGCCCGAUGAAGAGACAAAAACAGCCAUGGUAGACUUCUGCAACGUUUUAGGAGAAGAAACUCCCGAGUACAUGACCCUUAGGCCGAGAGGUAACGGUGUUACGGUUCUGGUUCACUGGCGCUUCAUGUUGGUUUUGGUGUCCAUGUUGGAACAACAUCAACGGGAAGAUCUCCAUCAACUGUAUGACCUUUCAGAGGAGGAUAAGGAGCAGAUCCCAAGGCUUCCAGAUGCAUUUGACAGCCAUUGUCAUCUUGACCGAACAAUGAAGGUAUGGGAAGUGAAAACGGAAUCUCUGGAAGAGAUUAAUAGCUGUAGCCCACUGGAGGAACACGAAGUCCGUCUUGUGGGUGUAGUUGCGUCAUUCUGUGACCCCGAAACCUACCCGACUCCGGAAAGCAUGAGAAAUUGGUGUGCUCAAGGGGUUAUUCCCGUGGUGGGUAUCCAUCCAAAGAAGUCCAUUGACGAGAAGAGUUUGUCAAAAUUGCAGUCUCUUCUAGAGUUGCCGGAAGUAGUGGGACUCGGAGAGAUUGGACUGGAUAGGAAGGCACCGGCAAUCACGUGGGCAGAGCAGAUGUUGAAGUUGGAGGCCGUGUUGAAUUUGUUGAAGAAAGAACACAUUCUGGUGUUGCAUUGUAGAAGCCUUACGGAAUUGGGAGAUGAAGCCAUUCACACUCUGCUCUUGUUACUGAAAUGUCAUCAGUCUGUCAUCAAGGAACAGCUGAUCCACUUUCAUUGUUUUACUGGGUCCCUAUCGAUGCUUAAGAAGUGGCUAGAAGUUUUCCCCAAUACAUACAUUGGGUUCACCGUCUUGAGCUGCCGGUCUAUGGAUCACAAGGAGACGGUAAUGGGAGUAGAAUCUUCUCGACUUCUCCUGGAGACCGAUGCUCCGUAUUUUAGCCCUCCAAAAUGUGACAAUUCAACCCCAAGUAUGAUCGGAUGGGUGGCGUCGCGUUUAGCCGAGGCCAGGGGUACAACUUGGAAGGAAUUGAUCGAAUUGGCAUCUUUCAACACGCGAAGACUGUAUAUUGAAAAGAAGCCACCACUUUCGGGGGACAGCUCUGAUUAAGCCAAAGGUGCUUAAUUAUGGAUCUAUGGUUAUAGGCCCCGAAACAUCUUAAAGUUAAAUGUUUCAUGGGUAUAGGACCUAGGAUCGUCAAUAUUUGGUUACUGGUAAUUUAGACCAUUUAUCACAGACACAAAGGAGGGGGUAUCGUAACUUAUAGUGCUUUUUGAAGAGGCAAGGAGUUGCAAUACCAGUACUGGUUGGAACCAGGAAAGUCGUCUCAGAAAUAAGAGCCUGAUUGGCUAAGUCGUCAGUGUGGGCCAACACCUUCAAAUAGGACGGGGAGGAGUGUGGUACUCGCGGACCUUGGUACGAGAUAGGUCGAGUACGAAAGAAUAUGUUCCAUAGCCCUUGAUUGGUCGUUACUGUGGGCGGCGAAGGGCCGCAAGGUAUUCUGGGAGAUUCCUCUAGAAGCAGCCAUUGGUGCUACACGAAUAUUGUCUAGGCGAAACUAAUCCGUACAAUCAACAGAGUGUUUUGGUGUAUCCACAACAGAAAUACAGACAUACAGAUAGGUAAGUCCUUUAACUAUCAUACUGAAGGUUCUACAG